AUGAAGCUCGAAAUCCUGGGACUAAGUGAAGUCCGUUGGCCAAACUUUGGAGAACACAAGCUACUGUCGGGACAGGCACUACUGUAUUCUGGUAUACGAGGUGAACAUGCUCUCCGUCACCGUGGAGUUGGUUUCCUACUUAGCGCCCAAGCGAAUGCGACGCUCUUCAAGUGGGAACCUGACAAUGACAGAAUAAUCGAUGCCAGAUUUAGAACGUGGGUCCGCAACCUAAUCAUAAUCCAAUGUUAUGCGCCAACCGAUGCUGCCCAGCUACAAAAUAAGGAGAAUUUUUACAGUAAACUAGGUGCCGUCGUGAAUAAAAUUCCAAAGGGUGAUUUCAAGAUCUACACCGGCGACUUCAAUGCGAAGAUCGGCUCCGACAACGUAGACUAUGAGCGUGUCAUGGGGCGCCAUGGUCUUGGAGAUAUGAGCGACAACGGUGAGCCGUUUGCAGAGUUUUGUGGCAAUCACGACAUGGUGAUCGGGGGCUCGCUCUUCUCUCGUCGCCCAGCGCAUAAAGUCACGUGGGUUUCCCGCGAUGGACAUACUAAAAAUCAAAUCGACCACAUCUGCACCAGCCGGAAAUGGAGACGGAGCCUUCUUGACGUCCGGAAUGAACGCAGUGCCGACAUCGCGUCUGACCACAACCUUCUCAUCGGAGAGAUUCGCCUACGUAUUGCGCGGGUCAUGCGACAGGAGGAGAGGCUCCUCUAUGAUAUCUCACGGUGUCUUAGUGGAGCAAGGAUUAAUGCAAGGGUGCCAGUGAAGGACGCGGCUGGUCAGCUGCUAACCGACCCCACUGACCAGUUAAAACGUUGGUUUGAACACUUCGAACAACUUCUUCAAGAAGCCUUAGUAUAA